GAAGAAACGUUUCAUUGGCAUCAGAAUGCUGACAAUAACACCUGCCUUGGUGGAAGAACUGAAACACAAUAAUGCUGAUUUUCCUGACGUCAGAAGUGGAAUUUAUGUACACGAAGUUGUUCCAAACUCACCUUCUCAUAGAGGAGGGAUCCAAGAUGGAGAUAUCAUUGUUAAAGUCAAUGGGCGUCCUUUGUUGACUUCCAGUGACCUGCAAGAGGCUGUGAUGAAUGAAUCACCUCUACUACUUGAAGUUCGAAGAGGAAAUGAUGACUUGCUAUUUAACAUUGAGCCUGAAGUUGUCAUGUAAAUAGAAUUGAAGAAGCUCUCACCAUAAUUAAACUCACUUAUUCUGGAACACUAGAUACCUCCUUUACAGCUACAGUAAUUAUACUUCCUAUUGACUAAUGACAAGGUGGACUAACUUAAUUGCCUGAGCCAUUUCUGUACAUAGUAGCUAGAAUGAAUUCAAUUAUGCUGUUUAUAGAAGAUAUAACUUUAAAAAGAAAUUUAAGAACUGUGUUCUGGGGAGAGGGAGGAGGAAAACAAAUUUUGGGUGGCUGUUAAAAAUGGGGUCCACUUCCAGUUCCUGCAGGUUCAGAGCAGAUUCAGUUCUUCAUUUUGAAAGACCAAAAUACUACUGGAAGUGAGGAAGCAUGCUGAAAGAGGAAAUUAUUCUUAAAAUACAGUCAUGGCUGCAGCAGAACCAAGCUGUUGCAAUGCACAAUUGAGCUUUUUUUAAUGUAACUUUUUCAAUGUGAAACUAGUAUUGGCAAAGCUUGUAUUUGUUCUUAGUGCUUCUAUGCUACAUGUCAAUGCAGGUAGAUUAAAUCUGUAAAUAUUGAAAGGAACAAAAAUGGUGUCAGGCUAUAGAGUGUUACACCUAGGUCAUGCGAUUUUGGAAUAUAGUAAAUGAUUCUUAUAGAAUUAAUGCCUUAUAUAUAAAUCAAAACGAUGUGCUGAACAAAGUUAAGUUUGAGAAAGUGCACAGUUUUUAAAGAUUUUGAUACAAAUUAGUUUUGCAUUUUACUGUUAAGCUUUGCUGUAAAAUUGUUAUACUACUUUUGACUUGUACUGUGUAUGUUUCUACUGUAAGGAUUAAAAGUUUACACAAAUAAUGUGUUGGUG